AUGCCCUUCAGCAAAGCAUGGCGGAGUGCCGUUUAUCCUGAUUUUAGGGAGCAGGGCGCGUAUAUUAACUACAAGGCAACGAAAGAUACUUUGCAUCGCAUGAAGGAAGAUAUCGCGAACCCUGCAACGCCAGAUGAAUUGUACAAUUCGCUGCUCAUGCAAAAGGCAACUGUGUAUAAGUGGUGUGAAAACAAGGUGAAGGAAUUGCAAAUGAUGGCAGAAGCCCUCAUGAAGGCAUCGGAUUACCUCUCAGAAGAAGAGACACCUACUAAUAUGAGUAUGGUAUUCAGUAUGGUGGGGAGUAGUGAAGCGAAGUAUCUUCCACCCAGUGAUGCGAGGCGCGUGGCAGAUGCAAUCACGUAUGAACUACUGCGUUUUGUUGAAUGCCGUAAUCUGAACACAGACACAAUUGAGCACAUUAUUGCGCGUAUGUAUCGCUACGCCGUGCUCGGACCCACCGGCGAUCGGUGGAAGAAUAUUAACAAGGAAUAUGACUAUCAUGCGCUCUCCAUUGACGAGAUAUUUUUUAUGCUCUCAAAGGUGUACGAGCACGUAAAUGAGGUAGAGAGCAUGCGGCGUGACGGUCGGUCAAGCAUACCUUGUGGUACCGUUGGUUCUCAGGUGUUUGAUCGUCGCUCUGUGAAGUACUGGGUUCACAUGCAGGACCUACCAUUUGUCAUUGCCCGGAUUAUUCCGCAUCUUCCUCUCAGUACCUUUCAAGACACCUACGCUAUGAGUAAGGAGCGUGGUGUCCCGUUUACUUUGGGCUCCCCAAUUAGCAGCGUGUAUUAUGACAAUGACAAGUUCCUUCUUUAUCAUCGCCGUCUUGAACGACUUGACGGCGCUACACUCAUACGCAUGCGAUGGUACGGCCGUCCUCUCGAUAGUGAUUGGAACAAGUUGGAGUCAAAGGACAGCGUUUUCAUGGAGAUAAAAGUGCACCACGAGGCAUGGAGUGGGGAGCGCAGCAACAAACGACGUUUUGCCUUAAAGGAGAAGGACGUGGAUGCAUAUAUUCGCGGUGAUUUAAGCUUAAAGCCAGCACUAGAGAAGCUGCGCUCGAAGAACGCAUCCGAGGCAGAACAAGAGAAGUUUAUGUCGCUUGCUACGGAGAUCCUCACGAAGAUACACGCUUAUGACCUCAAACCAGUGCUGCGGACGCAGUGCCAGCGUGCAGCCUUUCAGUGUGGACUCGACCAGUCUAUUCGCAUUAGUAUUGACACGGAUCUGAGGGUCGUCGCAGAGGAUUUCGGUCUGAGUCACCAUUGGCGUUACAAUGGUGCGGAUGCCCCUCUUUCACACUUCCCCUAUGCUGUUGUGGAAGUGAAGCUUCAAUGUGCAGAAAACGAGCGUAUCGCCCCGUGGAUUGAAGAACUGAUGAACUGUCGCUACAUGGAGAGUGUGCCCAAGUUUAGCAAGUACGCACACGGCAUUGCUACGCUUUAUGGUCACACGCCAUUUAUCAAGAUGGUUCCCUACUGGAUGCCCCAGCUUGAUAUUGACAUUCGCGCUUCCACAAAACCUGAAUACAACCAGUGGGAUCCUACCAUUGGAAUCGCAUCUGGUUGCUGGGAGCGCACUACAGAUCGGGUUAUAUUUGGAACAGGUCACGCCCAAACCCAGACAGUUGGUGCUUCGGAGGCACGGUUCCUUCCGCGUACCGAUUGUUUGCGCACAUAUCAAAGGGUGCUGAAAGCCAUCAAGCGUGGUGCGCAUAUGAACAGCGUCGCACCAACGAUGUCACCCACUGAUAGGCCGCCUUCAGACGAAAAGAAACUGACAGAGCAGCAAGAGCUUGCACCUGUUGUGCAAUAUGAUACAGACAGGCGGCACAAGGCCUAUACGGCAUUCCACCUGUAUCCUUACUGUGAAGACGGUGUAGAGUCGCUAUGCUUUACGUCGACAGGUGGAAAACACGUUGCGGCGGAAGUGUUUUCUGGGCUUAUUCCGUGGCAGACAGGUAAGCGCAUCCGUGUUCCCCAAAAAUAUGAUCCAAAAACCUUAUUAACAUCUGAGCGCUUCAUGGUAAAGUGGGCCGAACAGGCGACGCGCGUAGGAGUUGUUGGUCUUGCUGUCAUCCGUUUCGGAAAUAGUAUGAGUCUGCCGAAUGACAUGGUUGCGGUGCACUCAUUCUGGCGUGCAAACUUUCACAUCGUGUUGGGUUCUUUGAUGGUUGUGGUCGCGGAGUGCGUUUUGGUGUACGCGUACGUUACAUUUAAGAGUCGAUCACGUCGAGUCUACGCGCGAAGGAAGAUCCGUUACGACGAUCGGCGUGGCCCUGUAGCGUUAACAUUUGUGAUAUUAGCCGUUAUUCUUAUAACUGUUAUGAUGCACGUUAUGGUCCGGUACGGGCCUAUGCUCACCGGAAGCGACACCUUCUGA